CCACGUCGCUUUUGCGGCACCGGAGACCACGCACCUCAUCCAUGGCUACCGUGGACUCCCGGCGAGUAGGGGAUGGCGGCGGGGCAGGCGGCACUUUCCAGCCCUACCUCGACUCUUUGAGACAAGAGCUACAGCAGAGUGACCCGACGCUGUUGUCAGUAGCGCUGGCGGUCGCCGCGGUGCUGCUGACGCUGGUGGUAUGGAAAUUUAUCUGGAGCCGAAAAAGCAGUCAAAGAGCAGUUCUUCUUGUGGGUCUUUGUGACUCCGGGAAAACACUGCUGUUUGUCAGGCUGUUAACGGGCCAUUACAGAGACACGCAGACUUCUAUUACUGACAGCUCUGCAGUGUACAGAGUCAACAAUAACAGGGGUAAUAGUUUGACCUUGAUUGACCUCCCUGGGCAUGAAAGCUUGAGGCUUCAGUUCCUAGAGCGGUUUAAGUCUUCGGCAAGAGCUUUUGUGUUUGUUGUGGACAGUGCAUCAUUCCAGCGAGAGGUGAAAGACGUGGCCGAGUUUCUGUAUCAAGUCCUCCUAGACAGUAUGGGUCUGAAGAACACACCAUCAUUCUUAAUAGCCUGCAACAAGCAAGAUAUCACAAUGGCAAAAUCAGCAAAGUUAAUUCAGCAGCAACUUGAGAAAGAACUCAACACCUUACGAGUUACCCGCUCUGCUGCGCCCAGCACACUGGACAGUUCCAGCACUGUCCCUGCUCAUCUAGGAAAGAAAGGCAAAGAGUUUGAAUUCUCACAGCUGCCCGUCAAAGUGGAGUUCCUCGAGUGCAGUGCCAAGGGUGGGAGAGGGGAUGGAGGUUCUGCCGACGUCCAGGACCUGGAGAAAUGGCUGGCUAAAAUUGCCUGAGGGGCAGGUCCCGAGCACAGGCCGUAGCUGCGCGUGACUGGCAGUACUGGAAAAUGUGUAGUAGUCUGGAGUUGAUAAAGGGUACAAAAUUUAGUUAGGAGUGUUCCCUUGUUCUAGAAACAAAUGACUGUUCAUAC